AUGAAUCAGUCGUCCUUCACCCCGGAUUCCCAUAGCCACAACCCAUCACCGAGUCGCGUAGACGAUUCCGAUAGCAAAUACCUUUCGCAGGAUCAUAAAUCCUACAGCGAGCAUGCCGACGAUGGGGAUCAAAGUAAUUGCUCCAUUGGUCUUCAAACCUGCUCCCCUUUAGACACGCGUGAGAAUGAGGAGGCGGAUGGGCAAUGGAAAUGCCACAUCAACCCCAAUAAUUCGAGGUUUCAGUUGGAUCUUAAUCGGCUUCCCCGCCAUUCCUUAGAAAGGGAUGCGGAGGUGACCUACCCUCAUAAGUUGAGCACCGAUGUCUCCUUGGUGAUGCAUCCUAUCGACUAUGUGGGAAUCAUCAACGAGGGCUGCACGUGCUAUUUGAAUUCUCUUUUGCAGAUGCUCUUUCAUAUUGGUUAUCUACGCUCCGCGGUGUAUCGCAUCCCGGUCGAAAACAACAACAGCAUUAGCGUCUACAAGGCACUUCAGGAGCUUUUCUUCCAAAUGCAGGAGCGAACUACGCCGGCGCGGACGAAAAAACUCACCGAUUCCUUCGGCUGGGGGGAGCGGGAGCUUUUCGUUCAGCACGACAUUCAAGAAAUGGCGACACUCCUGCGCGAUAACUUAGAGGAGAAAAUGAAGGACACCGUCACGGAGGGCGCGAUUAACCAGCUUUUCGAGGGCCGCGGUGAACAAUUUGUGGAGACUCUGGAUAAAGCCUACAUAUCGCGGAGCAAGGAUAUCUUCUACGACAUCCACAUCCCCCUCGGGGAGCACACCAAUCUUCUGGACGGCAUCAAGUUUCUCACGGCGCGCGAGCAACUUGUUGGGGAUAAUAAGUACAAAGUAGAGCUAGAGGGGAAGGCGCCGGUCUACAAAGACGCCGAAAAGGGUUAUGAAUUUAAGAAAUUUCCAUACGUGAUUUGGUUCCAUCUCAAGCGCUUCGCGAUGGACCUGACCUCACCGACGUUAGAAAUGAAAAAGGUGAAUUCGCAGAUGGAGUUCCCGGUUGUGCUCGAUCUAACCGAGCUGGAGCGGGGAUACUCCCCCGAGGAGCAAAUGGAGCUUUUCACGCAGACAAAGCGCGGCGCCGCCGUCAAGGCCCUGAGUACGGAUUCCCCCGCCAUAUACGAUCUGCAGGGGGUUAUUGUGCAUCGCGGUACGGUCCGCAGCGGGCACUACUAUUGCUAUAUCCGAGAAUGGGACCCUGUCAAGCAGUGCUUUACGCGAUGGUUGGAGUUUGAAGAUGAGAAGGUUAGCGCCGUGGCGGAGGAGGUCGCGGUGAGUUUUAAUUAUGGCGGUUACCAUCAAACAUCGGGUGGGUUCUACCGCGGGGGGUCCUCGAAUGAUACGAACGCCUAUAUACUCUCCUACGUACGGCGUGCCGAUGCGCCGACCAUUCUAGCCUCUCCGCCGACGGACAUCAUCGCCCAGCGCGUGAAAGACGCCAUGCGGAGUGAGAUGGAGGAGGAGGAGCGCUGCGCGAAGCUCGAAAAGGAACUUAAGCAGCUGGUGACCCUGUAUGUUAUCACCGAUUCCAACCUAGCGGAGUACUGCGCGGUUCAUCAGAUCGAGCUCUUCGCGCGGGAUCUCCGUAUCGUGAAGAACUUCACCUCAUGCGUCCUCGAGUUCAAAAAGACCGCCCUGCUCACUUCGGUCUACGAGGCAAUUGCCGCGGAGCCGUUUUUUGCGCGGCGCGGUCUGAAGCCGACGGCUUGUCGUCUCUGGCAGUGGACGAACAACCGCGGCUUUCACCCCAGCACGCCCAUGGACACCCACCACGAGAGCCUUCGGCGCUCCACUUGCCUUUCCAACUACCUUUCCCCGAAUGAUCAGGAAAAGCCAAUGGCGAUUUGCGUUUAUUUGCAGGAGCCGGUGCAGAUCGCCCACUACCUCCCGCCGGCGGCGGAUGUCCACGCGCUCAUAAAGCGAUUCGCCUACGACGUGUCGAAAGGGGCGUGCAGUGUGGUCCUGCGGGCCCCCACCGUCCUGCGCGGGCUAUCCGUCCUGGUGGAUGCGCUUUACAUGCACACCUGCAAAGUCCAGAUCAUCGUCACGCAUGGGCAUAAGGAGAUGCCGCCGAAGAUCUACAAAUGUUCUCUUUACGAAAAUCGCCUCUACGUCCCUCUGGACCACCUUCAGCCGGUCGAGGAGCUGCUAUUUCAGUGCUGUAGCCCGACCGAGGUGCUGCCGGUGCGGGAGGUCCACCUCGAAGGCGAUCCCGCCGAUCUUCCCCCGGCCGCCGCCCUGACGAAGCCGACGCUCGCCAAAAUCGGGAUGGACCGCGUGCUGCUUUUUUUGAAGUUCUUCGACCACACUUCCUGCACGGUUCGCUACCUUGGGUCGGCGCCGAUCGACCGGACCGCGAGCCUGCAGAGCUGCGAGCCGCUUUUUUUUGCGCUUUUGGGCAUCCCCUACUCCCCGGCGCACCACGGCGGCCAGCCCAAAUUUCGCUAUUUCGAGGAAACCAAAGGCGUCGUGGUGCGGGCGUUGGAGGCGGUGAAGGCGGACCUCUUCGCCAAUCGCCUGCAGGACGGGUCGGUGGUCGUCCUGCAGAGCGCCGAGAUCCCCCCGGUGAUGCGGCACUUCCACGUCGAGACUUACUAUCGCUCCCUACGGCUCAUGGUGGACGUGCAGGUCCACGAGGUGGUCUCGCAGGUCUGCCCCAACGAGGAGGAGUUCCGCCAGGCCCUGAAGGAGCACCGGGAAUUGGCCGUCAUCCAGAAAAAGCUUCUGCAGGAGGAGGCGACAGAGACGAGCACCGGCAGCGCGGCCGCCUUUUCCAGCGCCUCGGCCCUCCCUUCCUCCUCCAUGUCGAUCGUUCUGAAGCGCGAGCCGAGCGUGGGCUCCAGCAGCGGCAGCCUCGUCCUGACCCCGACGUCCUCGCAGCCGCCCACCCAGCUCGUGCUCGCCGCGAAGCCGGAGGAGGCGUAUUUAUACCUCAACCCCUACAAUACCCCCCUUCCCGUCCUGGGGAGGUCCUUUUUGCGGGUUCAGGGCGGGACGGUCUGCGCGAUGUGCACGUGUUGGGGCUACGGCACCAUCUGUGAUCGCAUCGCCCGCGCGGAGGGGCUUAACCCGAACCAAAUCCGCCUUUAUCGAAAUGUGAGCCCGGCGACGGCGAAGCCCGCGGAGCGCGCGGUGCGGAGCGCCGCCUCGAUCACGCUCGACGCGCUGCUUUUGGACGGCUACGCGGCGGGGCCGGUGUUGUUUUAUGAGCGCCUCGCGCAGCCGCGGUCGGUCGUGGAGCGGAGCCCCGAGGUGGUGGUGACCUUGCGCGAUAAGGUCGGCCAUGCCCUGCACUGCGAGCGCUACGCUUUGCCCCCGCUUACAACCCUCCAGGGCCUCGUGAGGGCCGUGCGGCAGUCGAUUCGGCCCUACGAAAUCGAGGAAAACCCGUGGCGGACCCUCUCCGAUACCCUCAUCGCACCGCACUACGUGCUUCUUGCCUACGACCGGGACAAGAAACUAAUUCGACACAUCCUCGAGAUCCCCAUGACCGCCAACACCAAAAAUAACGUCUUCGCCGACCCCACUGGCGGGAAAAUCGAGGAGAUUCGCCUGAGUUCGUUGCUCUUUGACUACGACUUCGACCUCCAGCCGGCCGCCGCGCUGCGGCCGGGCGAGCAGCGCAUCGCGUGUUGCCAUGGUGAGUACCUGCAGGAUUGUCCGCUGAUUUUCGGCCACCCUUUUAUCAUCACGGUGAACCCCAAAACCACUGUAAACGAUGCCCUGCGGGAAAUACUGCAAAUCACGCACGUUCCCCCGACCGUUCUGAACUGUCGUGUGAAGUCCGGCCAUAAUUACGGCGUGAUGAUGCUCACCGAGUCGCCCCUCCACUUUGACCAGUGGGAUCAGUACAUCAGCCUCUUUUGGCAUCACACCCCGAACAAUAGUGGGUUUAUACCAAACCUUAUGCUGAAUCACCCACGCCCGUUGGAGAAGCCGGGAUCACGCUACGUCGCGCAUAACAGCCCAAGGCUCAAGAUUUCGAACAAUUGA